AAAUGCCACUGUUUAAACCGAAAAAUUCUACGAGGUCCGCAACAGCGUACGAAAAGAACAGCAAUAAUUCUUCCUCUAAUCAUGACGGCAGUCACCCUAACAGUAACGGAAAUUCAACUACCGCCGGAAAUGGAACAAGAACAAAUCCUCAAGAUACGCCGACGAGUCCCGUUGGAAGACCUCAGUUGGUAUUCCACUGUCAACUGGCCCAUGGAAGUCCUACGGGAUUGAUAUCCGGAUUCAGUAACGUCAGGGAGUUGUAUCAAAAAAUUGCAGAAUGUUACGAAUUGCCGGCGAGCGAGAUACUUUUUUGCACCCUCAAUACGCACAAGGUCGAUAUGCUGAAAUUAUUAGGGGGUCAAAUUGGCUUGGAUGACUUUAUUUUCGCUCACAAGAAGGGUAGACCAAAAGAAGUUGAACUCGUUAAAAAUGAUGACGCGUUGGGUCUUACCAUCACAGACAAUGGUGCAGGGUAUGCCUUUAUAAAGCGCAUAAGAGAGGAAUCAGUUAUUGAUAGAGCAAAGGUGAUUCAGGUCGGCGAUCAUAUCGAGAAGAUAAAUGGGGAAUCUUUGGUAGGCAAAAGGCACUUCGAGGUAGCAAAACUGCUCAAAGAUAUACCUAGAGGAAGCACGUUCACACUGAGACUGGUCGAACCGCAGAAAAAUGGAUUUGGAAGCAUCGGUCCGAGAGGGGAUCCCAGAAAGGGCAAGAAACAAGGCUAUGGCAAUGGCAAAGGAACUCUCAGGUUUAGGGCUGACGGGAGUGCACAAAUUGAAAACGAACCGGAUGAUUAUGCAACAAACGGAGUUGAAAAAAUUAAUGGGCUACUGGAAAGUUUUAUGGGUAUAAAUGAUAACGAAUUAGCUACACAAAUUUGGGAAUUAGCCGAGGGUAAACAGAAUAGCAUGGAUUUUGCCGAAGCUAUUGACAAUUCCGACUUGGAAGUAUUUGGCUUCACUGAUGAUUUUGUUAUCGAAUUAUGGGGUGCUGUAACUGAUGCAAGAGCUGGACGUCUACGAUGAUUAUUAUUUGCAAAGGAGUAAACGAAUAAUUUAAUUGCUUGUUCAUAUAAACGCAAUCAUAGAUAGGUCAGUAUUGCCAUAAUAAUGCAGACAUCAAUUAUCACAGGGUAUUACACCAUUAAAAUAGGCCCUUUUUAUAUUUUAAAUAUUGUUUUCGAUUUAUUAUUCCUGUUUGUUUAAUAGUCGUACAUGCAUACACUAUAAAAAGAUGUAUAGUUUUGUAUCUUAUUUUUUUUUUCAUUUUCUUUAGCGAAUAUGAUUUUAUACAAAGUUGAAAGUGAACAGAAAAAAAUAAGAAGUAAAAUGAUACGAGCAUAGAAGUUUUAAAUUGUUACCUUGUUGUAGUUAAGUUUGCAUUCAACGUUUUGUUUAUACGAUUAAUAUUACCGCCGAUCAAGAUUUCGAUCAAAAUUCUCACACUUGCAGCUCAUUUCUAAAUAGGUAUAAGCUAUUCAAUUUCAAUGUCUAAAUGUUACACAUCCAUGAGGAUCAUUGUAUUUUAAACAAAAUACAAUUGUCGGGCUGGACCAACAGCUGAAACAUGUAUAAAGCCAAAAAAGUGCUACUCUAAUAUCAAAUAAGAAAUUAUUACGAUGUUUUGAUAGAUAGCGAAUACGUCAAUGCUGAGAUUACGAUUUUCUUUCAAUCUUUAUAUCCACUAAGGCGUAUAUUUAUGUAAUCUAAAAUUCAAGUAGUAGUCAUACGUUAAUGUCAAUGUACACAUCGCUACACUAUUUACUAAUCGAUCUGGUUAAACAUUGACAAUACAAACGAGUUGAACUAGACUUCAUUAUAAGAUAGAUUGAGCGUUAAGGGUAAACAAGUAAUUAUACUGAUAAUACAAUGCGAUGAACUUCCUUGCAUGACUAAAUAUUGUUAAGUUUAUAUUAAAGACAGCGAUGUAAGAAAGAUUAAUAUUAUAAUAUAACAUUUU